AUGCAUUUCUCUUCUGCUGCGCUACUUGCCCUUUGCUCUAUCGGCGUGACUUACGCGGCGCCAUUCGCCAAUCCCGAGAACGAAGACCUCGCUCGCCGCGCAGUUUACUCCGUGGUCAAUGCCGAUGGAGACUACUCUUCCAGCUCAGUUGCACCUGAAGUCAACACUGUCUUCGAAACCUCCACAGUAACUGCUCCUGGUGCCGACCCAGUACUCAUCACUGUGACUGUGACUGCCACCCCUUCAAGCGUGUUCCCCUCCUCGACUCAUGUGGCUAGCUCUACUCCGUGUUCCGAGACUCCCGCCCCCGGCUCUUCUUCUUUCUUCCGCCGGGGCCUGAGAGCCGCUGGCCAGCCUGCUCUCUUUGCUCGCGAGUACUAUAGCUCCUCUUCUGCUUUGCUGUAUGCGAGCGAGUAUCCCACUGCCUCUGCCUCUGAGUCUCUUUAUGCUCGUGGUUGGUACUCUUCUGCUUCUGGUGCUCCUUCUGUCGCCACCCCGACUGCUUCGUCUACUCACCUCGUCGCCCGCCACUGGUACUCUUCUACUCCAACUCCAUCUGCCUCGGCGGCUCCCCUUGUGGCUCGCGGCUUGCACGCUUCUCCCUCCGGAACUCCCUCCGGUAUUCCCUCCAGCUCGAGCAUCCCUACUUCAGCUGCUCCCCUGGCUGUCCGUGGCCAUUAUGGCUGGUACUCUGCUGCCCCCAGUGCUUCUUUCACUGCCACACCCUCUGCCUCUUCCGCUCUUGUGGCCCGUGGUAUCCGCAGCUGGGGCUCUUCCAGUGUUUCUUCUCCUGUCUCAAGCACCUUUGUUGCGUCGGCUACUCCUGUAGCCUACUAA